AGUUCUUAGAGUUGUAAUUUCUCAGAGAAGGGAACAGGGAAUCUGUGAGUGUGAGUGAAAGUAGGGAGAGAGGCACAGGGCACAGAAAGGGAGCUCUGCAGAAGUAAAAGGAGACCCAUCCAGUGGGCAGAAACCGGAGGGAGAGAGAGAAGGAGACAGGGGUGGUGCCUGGCAGGAGGAGGACCGAGGAGCUGAGCAGGGAGGGGGAGUACAAGUCGAUCACAUAUUGAGCGGAAUAAGGAAGCAAAGCAGCGUUACACCGGGGUGCCCCUUCCCAGGAGCGGACUGAUAGUGCCCCGGGACCCGCCCAGGUUCACGGAUUGUGAGGAUGUGUAUCCAGCCCCUUGUCCGUGGUACUGGAAGACCACUGCUUGCUGACCACCAUUAAAAAAAGCUGAUACAUUAAUUUGUACCCUCUCAGGUUGAAGCAUGGCUCCCUUCCUGCGUAUCGCCUUUAAUACCUAUGAGCUGGGCCCAAUGCCAGCUCAGUCCGAGCAAAUCCAACCAUUCUGUGCCAUAAAGGUGAAGGAGUCGCUCGCUACAGACAGAGGUAAAACUUUGGUCCAGAAAAAGCCUACCAUGUAUCCAGACUGGAAGUCCUCAUUUGAUGCCCAUAUUCAUGAGGGUCGGGUUAUCCAGAUAGUCUUGAUGAAAGCGCCUGAAGACCCACUGUCCGAGGCCACUGUGGGGGUCUCUGUUCUGGCCGAGCGCUGCAAAAAGGGCAACGGGAAAUCGGAGUUCUGGCUUGAUCUCCAGCCUCAAGCCAAAGUGUUGAUGUCCGUUCAGUACUUUCUGGAAGAUACAGAUUGUAAGCAGUCCGUGCGAGAUGAUGAAGGCCUGGUCACUAUCAACCGGAGAAGAGGGGCUAUCAAACAGGCCAAAAUACACUACAUCAAGAAUCAUGAGUUUAUUGCCACAUUUUUCCAUCAGCCAACCUUCUGCUCUGUCUGCAAGGAUUUUGUAUGGGGCCUCAACAAGCAAGGUUACAAGUGCAGACAAUGCAAUGCUGCUAUACACAAAAAAUGCAUCGACAAGAUUAUUGGCCGGUGUACAGGCACAGCUACCAACAGCCGGGAUACUAUGUUCCAGAAAGAGCGAUUUAACAUUGAUAUGCCUCACAGAUUCAAAGUGCACAAUUACAUGAGUCCUACCUUCUGUGAUCAUUGUGGCAGCUUGCUCUGGGGCUUGGUGAAACAGGGUUUAAAAUGUGAAGAGUGCACUAUGAAUGUUCAUCACAGGUGUCAGAAAAAAGUUGCAAACUUAUGCGGCAUCAACCAGAAACUACUAGCAGAGGCUCUGACCCAAGUCAGUAUGAAAUCUAGCAGAAAGUCCGAUUCCAGUCUGGAUAGCUUUGGCAUUUACCAAGGUGUGAUUCCAAAUGUGCCAGGAUUGGCUGGAGCUGAUUCAACAGACAAUCAGUAUGAUAAGCUGUGGGAAGGGAGCAGCCCAAAACCAGCAGUUCAAGUUUCAACCAUAGGUAGCCGGUUAACAGCCGAUAAUUUUACAUUCCACAAAGUUCUCGGAAAAGGCAGCUUUGGAAAGGUGUUGUUGGCUGAACUGAAAGGAAAGAGUGAGUACUUUGCAAUAAAAGUCUUGAAGAAGGAUGUGGUCCUGAUCGAUGAUGACGUUGAAUGCACUAUGGUGGAGAAGCGUGUCCUUGCACUGGCUUGGGAGAACCCUUUCCUCACCCACAUCCACUGUUCCUUCCAGACCAAGGAGCAUCUCUUCUUUGUUAUGGAGUUUUUAAAUGGAGGUGACCUGAUGUUCCACAUACAGGACAAGGGUCGCUUUGAUCUAUACAGAGCUACGUUCUAUGCAGCUGAAAUCAUUUGUGGAUUACAAUUCCUUCACUCCAAGGGCAUUAUUUACAGAGACCUCAAGUUGGACAAUGUGAUGUUGGACAAAGACGGGCAUAUUAAAAUUGCAGACUUUGGCAUGUGCAAGGAGAAUGUUUUUGGGGACAAUAAAGCCAGCACGUUUUGUGGGACCCCUGACUAUAUUGCUCCAGAGAUCUUACAAGGGCUCAAGUACACAUUCUCUGUAGACUGGUGGUCAUUUGGAGUCCUGCUUUAUGAGAUGCUGAUUGGACAGUCUCCAUUCCAUGGGGAUGAUGAAGAUGAACUAUUUGAGUCAAUUCGAGUUGACACCCCUCACUUCCCACGCUGGAUCACAAAAGAAUCUAAAGACAUCUUAGAAAAGCUGUUUGUGAGGGAUCCUCUAAAGAGACUAGGGAUAAUUGGGAACAUCAAGCUUCAUCCCUUCUUUAAGACUAUAAACUGGACUGCGCUGGAAAAGAAGGAGCUGGAACCCCCCUUCAGACCCAAAGUGAAAUCUCCAAGUGACUAUAACAACUUUGACCGCGAGUUUCUGAGCGAGAAACCACGUCUAUCCUACAGUGACAAAAACCUCAUAGAUUCUAUAGAUCAGACAGCAUUUUCUGGGUUCUCUUUUAUUAAUCCCAAGAUGGAACGGCUCCUGGAGAAAUAACAUCCUCUUUCAUUUAAGCUUUAUUUUUUUUACAUCUGGACUGUGAGCAUCAACUUACACUAAAAAGAGGACUGAGCUGUCUUCAGUGUGAAAUACGUUUCAAUGGCAACUGGCCACAUUAUCAACUCAAACAUUUUGUCCUCUGAAGGUUCUUGUCCACCAAACUGGCAUCAAUAACUGCAUGUUUCUAUAACUUCCAUUUUAGAAUGUACUGUAUAUAUGUAUUCCCUUAAAACUGGUUACUUGAAUGUAGUUUGUGUCAAAACCCCCAAAUAUAAAUAUAUACAUAUAUAUAUUAGAUUUACAAGAAUUUGCUGUAUAUAUUGCUAUGGUGGAUUACCAAAUAAGCAAUGUUUUGAGAAAGUGGGUGGGGAAUGAAGGGACUGUGAUAAAUAUAUUUUUUACGGGACACUCCGAAUUUGUUCUUAAAAAUAAAUGAAUUUUCUGAAGACUGA